UUGCAAUUCUAUCUUCAGUGAGGCGAGAACUUUGGAAGUACCAUCAUGUUGAAUUUAGUGGUGUUUCUCGUGCUGUGCCUAAACUACAUCGAACAACCAUUAGCUGAAGAGCUUGAUGGUUGUGCAAUAUGUGGAGAUUAUAAAUGUCCUGAAAAUCCAGAAAGAUGUUUAUUGGGUGUUGUAAACGAUGUUUGUGGCUGCUGUCCCGAUGGAGUCUGUGCAAAAAUGAGUGGUGAAGCCUGUUGGAAUUCGAGUAUUUCUCAGUUAUCAUUUGAAAGGCGUAAUGAAGGCCUUUGCGCUGAGAAUUAUUCGUGUCAAUUGCGUUUAGAUCUUCAAGCCGAGGAUGUUCCAGAAGCGAUUUGCGUUUGUAAAGAUCGAUCACCAGCGUGUGGCAGUAAUAAUGAGACAUAUGAGACUCCCUGUGCUUUAAAUGAAGAAAUAAUGAGAUCUAAAAAUUCAAAUUUAAAACUUGAUCAUCUUGGACCUUGUCCAAGUCGGCCUUGGAUUGAUUCUGCGACGAGGAAUAUUUCUGGUGUUUUUGGUACAAGAGUGGUACUCAGCUGUGAAGCUGAAGGAUUUCCGGUGCCUGAGAUUUUUUGGGAAUUUCACUCAGAGGAUGGGCUCACAGUUUUAAAAUUGCCCAAUGAUGAUCACGAUGGAGUCGUAAAAACAAAAGAUGGUCCAGAACCAAGAAUGCGAACAUCUUGGAUGCAAUUGUCACAUUUAAAUAAAACUCACAUUGGAACGUAUUAUUGCAUCGCUGCUAAUUCUGUUGGUGAAGCGAGUAUUUCUUCGUUUCUUUCUAUUAUAUAAUAGUCCUUUUUUUUAACGAAAAAUGUUCUUUAUUGAUAUACAUUUAUUUAUAAAUGAUCGACAUAUUAUUAUUUAUUUAUAAAUACCUAUUCGUCUUAUAUAAAAAUUUUGUAUACUUUU